ACCCAUCCAAACCCAAAAUACGACCUGCCUCCCCCAAAUUCACGAAAGAUCUGCGCUUUCUGCUCCUCCGCUGCCAACGGCGACCUACUCCACCGGAUUAGAAGAAGCUCCUCCACUGCGAGUUUUCAAGCUUCUUUUACAUCUUGUGAUUCAAUGGGGCCACGGUGGAAAGGUAAGGGAUCAGAAGCUAAAGCCCUUGCUGAUCCCAUGUCAGAGAUAGUCUCACAGCUUCAAUCUUCUCUGAUUCAAUUGGAUUCUCAUGGACUGCUCUCAGGGUGUAGUGUACUUCUUGGAGCAGAAACAGAACAAACUGAUUUUCUUAAUCGUGCGUGUUUUGGUCGACCCAUUAUCACAACCGAGAAGGAUAAGCAGUGGUUUCAGUUGGGUAUGGAAGAAGCUUUUUAUCUGUGCUAUUCUAUAAAAUGUCUCAAGAUUAUUGGUGAAGAUCAAUGCACCAAAAGCAAUGAAGAGUUAUGGAAUUACAUGAAAUCCAAGGAAGAUACAUUCCCUGAAUACUUUAAGGCUUAUUCUCAUCUUCGAAACAAAAAUUGGGUUGUGAGAUCAGGAUCUCAGUAUGGUGUGGACUUUGUUGCUUACCGCCACCAUCCAGCUUUGGUGCAUUCUGAGUAUGCUGUUCUUGUUUUAUCAGGGGAUGGUAAUGCAAAUGGUCGAUUGAAGGUUUGGUCUGAUUUUCAGUGCACACUUCGACUUUGUGGCAGUGUUGCGAAGACAUUAUUAGUUCUUAAUGUCUAUCGAAAUAAUAUUGGUGAUGUCUCUCCAUCAUGUCUGGAGGCUUACAGUGUUGACGAGCGCACCAUCACUAGAUGGAGCCCUGAGCAAUGCCGAGAGGAUCAAAAAACAAUUGAAAACGGAGCCAAAAAGUGAAGACUUGGAGAAGAUAUGAUCCUUUCACUCCCUUUGUGUAUACAGGUAUCAAUGUGUUUGCACCCAAAUUGGACAUUUGGUCCACUUAGGCAUGAUGUCACGAGGAGGGGGUCCAGGUCCGCAGAAAGAUAGGAGGAGGGCUGGAUCUCACUCUGAGCCAUGUCAGCAUCCUUAUUCCUUCAUGACCAUGUCCAAGUUAACAGCUGUAAUAAGCAAACUCACCACCAGUGACUACGGCCCUGGCAUUUUGGCUGGGCGUGGUGUACACCAAAUAAGGACGAGAGAUUACCACUCUUGUCGAAUCAACAAACAAGGCCCUGUAGCGAAGUGACUAGGGCAAAAAAGCACUCGAGUGUCUGCAGCCGGAUUAGCGUCCCAUACACUUGUAUGCUUUUAUAGUGUCACUUGUAACCUUAAGUUUAUAUUUCUUGCUUGUUACCUUGGCUUUCAUGUUGUAGCUUUGAGUUCUUCACUUGGGUUUACAUUAAAGUUUGUAAUGGUCAAUGGUUCAACUAGUAAACCCUUUAGAAUGUAACAAGCUCUAAGAACUUGUAGUUGAUCCUCAAUGAAGAGAAGAUUACAGUAACAGAAUUCUUAUACUAGGAUCGAAGUGAAACGAACCUUUGAUAUGGUCAUUCUUCCCCUCCACAACCACAAUCGCCUAUCAGAUAAGCCAGUGCUCUCCACAAACGAACCUUUGAUAGAUGCAUCCAGUGCUGCUAACGACUGUAAAAUCAAUAGGAAUAUUUGCUUGGCUUUCUUUAGCUACAUAGAUGACGAUCCUGGCACGUCCGUGCACUGAAAAAUUACAAGCAAUACCCUUGAGGGCACACUUGUAGCCAAACAAAAUGCCAUGUAGAUUUAAUGACAAUAGAUUUUGGUAACCGUUUGGCCCGAUUAAUGACAAUACAUUUCUAUGAAGUUUUGAUUUCUGGAUUUGAAGAUGCAAAAUUAUAGAUGAUGUAAUGA